CCCCCUGCCUGAUGGGAAUCUCGUCCUGAGAUUCUUUCGAUCCCUUGGUUUCUUUUCUUAGCUCUCUUCUGUACAUAGCUCUCAUAUCUCUCGACUCUUAUUGUCCCCGUCCUGCUUGAUUCCUGCGAUGAGAUGACCAGCGACCCUCUCCGCCCGGGCCUCCAUCCGCUUUCGCAUCUCAAAGCUGGCCCAACGACCUCCAGCUCCAAGUCAACGGCUCUGCCCUCGUCUCCAACUUCGCAGUCUUUUGCUCAAGCUUCGACGCGCCCACAGCCGCUCCGAAAUGCUAGCCGAGAGGAUCCGGUCAAUGCGACGAGCGACAAGGCAACUGUUGCUCUGAUUCGACGCGUCCUCUGUCCCCAGACAGGAAAUCAUGGAGGUGUCGCUACUCCUCAGCCUCUGGAAGACCUGCUACCGCCCCUGACGAGCUCCAACGAGGUGGAUCGCCAGCUCUAUGCGCUUAUCGCAAUUGUGAUCAAGGAGUUUGUGUUCACGUGGUAUUCAAAGAUCACGUCCGAUCAGGUGCUCGUCAGCGAGGUCCUUCAGGUCAUUGCGCACUGUACCCGUGCCCUUGAGCAGAGGUUGCGCGAAGUCGAUGUUGCGCAGCUGUUUCUCGACGAGAUUCCUGCUCUAGUUGAGACACAUAUUACGUCAUAUAGACUAGCGAAGCAGCAGUCUGAAUCGUCUCAGAUCUCUCCCUCACUCCGUGAGCUUUACCAUGCUCUGAAUCCGCACCCAGGUCUUUCGCCCGUUCCUGAUCAAUCCGACAGUCAAGCGAUCGCACAGCAACGAGAAAACGAAUCGACAUAUCGACAGCUAUUGGUGCACGGGGCACUCUCAGUACUACUGCCGACAGAGGACUUGGAGAAUGUCUGUCUGCGGACCCUGCUCGGCGAUAUCCUGGCAGAUCUCGUUCUUGGUAAUGCAGUGGCCGGCAAAGUCAGCGAAGGAUGGUUCUUGUGGGAAAGUAUCACGAAGGUGGUUGACAUGACAGGACGCAAGGAUUCUGAGGACAGUGCUGCAACAGCAACAGCAACGCAGCGUCAACGAUCGCGACUGCACAAGUAUGGUCUCCUCGCGAAAGAAGAGCUAAAGGGCCAUCCGUCGUCCCAGGUCCAAGUGCGAAUUCCCGACUGGGUUUGGCAGAUGCUACAAUAUGUCUACAUGAUCUACGUGACUUUACGUUUCAUCGUGACCGGCCUGUUUCGCGUUGCAUCUACACCUCCGGUUACCUCGUCCCUGGCAUCUUGUACUCCAACCAGCGAUGCAGACGACACCCCCUCCUUGUGCACCACCCCUGGGAAGCGCCCUGUGCUCAACUACCGAUUGUAUGGCAUGGUGUCGCAACUGAUGGAUGUACCUCGGCGGAUGCCAUGGUUGGGGGGAAUGCUCGCACUGAUCCAGUAUCUGAUCCUGGCCGGUCCAGGUAGAUUGGGAGCGACCGAUAGUGUUCUUGAUAGGUUCCUUCACGAGACCAUCCAGGACCAUGUUCUUACCCUCGCUCUUUUGCCAAACCUGCUUCUUGCGACCCGGGCGGCGCUUUUCCCUUCGAACGCCCGUCCAGCGUCCACGGCGGCAGAUGGUCGCACCGCGGCUUCGGCGCCGCAUCUGUCCGUGCAACCUCCAACGCCGCCUAUAGCCAAAGGCCCUGUUAGCGACACCGCUGGCGCAAGUGACGCUUGCAGUAGCGUCUUCUCGCCUGGUCUGUCGGCGACAGCGCCCUUAUCGCCGGACCCGCGGCCUUCCACACCCGACGUCGCUUCUAUCAAGCGACGCUGUGCGGCCAGCAUUCUGUCCCGGGUUCCUCGCCCAAUCGCCCGCCGUUUUUUUGGUGUCCCGGCUGCUCCUAUCGAGCAACGCCCAGAGCGAUUGGACAGCUCCAGCGAAUCUGAAUCGCCAUGGCAGGACUCUUCCCGAGCACCAUCGACUGUCCCCCCCGCAGAUGGCGGCCUAGAAGAGUCGCUCCUACUCGCUGCCAUCGAGGAGGUUCUCGACCUCUUUGCGGACGACUAUUGCAACAAGCAUUUAAUAUAUUCCAUCAUAGAAGCCAUCCUCGCGAAGCUCCUUCCGGAAUUGUCUGAGCGCAGUAUCGCGGAGCUAAUGGAGGACAGGGGGGUACCCCUGGCCGCGAAGUGACUCUGCCAUGCGGGCUCAUAGACGGCGUAUGGUGUACGGUGCAAUGCGCUACAUCGAGAUAUUCCCACCUAGGAUAGUAAUGUUAAUGAUACCAAUAUCGCAUAGAUUUCA